UGACAGACAGAAGAGUAUUACUCAAAAUCUUACCCGUGGUGGUCUAUGAAGGAAAACAAUUAGUCGAAACAUUUGCCCUUCUUGACGAUGACGAUGAUAACAGUUUCAUUAAUCAACGAGGAUUUUGCCGAUGAAUUGAAUUUGACAGGUCCUAAACAACCUCUUCAAUUACAAUGGACAAACAAUCAAGUGGAAGAACAGAAUAAUCAUUAGUUGACGCUCAAUCAAAAAUUUUGAUUGGGCAAGAUAAUUGGCAAUUACUGGUAAGUACAAAAGUUAUAUCAAGACCUUGGCAUGUGCCUGCAGCCAGUAAAACGCCUCUUGGAUGGGUCAUAGAUGGUAAUUUCAGGAAUAAUGAUCAAACUGUACCUAAAAAUUUCGUUUGUCAUACAGAUGGCAAGGUGAAGGACGACCUCGACAUUCUACAUGAUCUUGUCAAGCAGCAGUGGAAAAUCGAGACUUAUACAGAAGUAGGAAAGUCUAUGUCCAAAGAAGAUCAACUUGCUCAACACAUUUUAGAUACAACAAUGAAAAGAGUUGGAAAUGAGUAUGAAACAGGUCCUCUUUGGAAAGCAGAUGAUCUGGUUCUACCAAAUAGUAGAGACAAUGCAUUAAAGAGAAUGGAUAGAAGAAGAAUGGAUAGAGACGAAUCGUUUGCAAAGAAAUAUAUCGAGAAAAUGCAGGACAUGGAAGAUAAAGGUUAUAUUUCUAAAAUUGAUUCUGAAGAGAUCAAAUGUAAUUUGGAUAGAAUUUGGUUCCUUCCUCAUUUUAGAAUAACUAACCCAAACAAACCUAACAAAUUGAGAAUUGUUUUUGAUGCUUCUGCGAGAUCCAAUGGGGUAAGUUUAAAUGAUUUUCUGUUAACUGGACCUGACCUUUAUAAUUCAUUGCAAAACAUUCUCCUUAACUUCCGCAUAAAAAAGUUUGCUUUCACUUCUGACAUCAAGGAAAUGUUUCUUAGGGUCAAGGUGAGAAAAGAAGAUCGAAUCUCUCAACGGAUUCUAUACAGAGGAAUGGAGAGGACAAAACAACCAGAUAUUUAUGAAAUAAACGUUUUUUUUCUUCGACUCAACUUGUAGUCCCUGCUUAGCACAAGAAGCAAAAAAUAGUAACGCUCGAAACUUCAGCCAGUACUACCCGAAAGCAGCAGAGGAUAUAAUCGACGCUCACUACAUGGACGACUAUCUUGGAGGAGCAGAUACGGCAGAAGAAGCAGCAGAUAUUAUAAAUGAUGUAAUAUAUGUACAUAGUAAAGGAAAUUUUGAAAUUUGUAACUGGAUAGCCAAUGAUUCAAAUAUAUUAAAGGAUGUAGAUGAUAGGUUAUUAGCUGAUUGCAAAAAAAAAAUGUGAUAAAAACGAAUCGUCAAACGAAAGAAUAGUAGGUAUCUGGUGGGGUCCUAAAAACGACACAUUCACUUUCAAAAUCAAUUUCCAUAAAAUAGAUAAAAGUUUAUUAGAUACUGGACGAAAACCAUCUAAAAGAGAAGUUUUGAAAGUGGUGAUGUGGAUUUUCGAUCUCCUAGGAUUCCUAGCAAAUUUCAUACUACAAGGUAAAAUACUUCUCGAAGAUAUCUGGCGAAGUAAAAUCGACUGGGAUGAUGAUAUUUCCGAUAACUUGUACAUGAAAUGGACAGAAUGGAUUGACGACCAAAAAAUAUUCAUCACUUCAAACUUCCACGACAAUUUUGCAUGAUGGAAAGGGAAAGAAGUACUCUUCAACUUCACAUUUUUUUGUGAUUCUUCUGAGAACGCCUACGCUGCUGUAGGUUACAUUCGUUGAGAACAAAAAAAAUGCUUCUUGACAGCCAAAACCCAAGUAUCGCCUCUGAAACCUUUAUCAAUACCCCGCCUGGAAUUACAGGCUGCAUUGAUGGGAGCUAGAUUGGGUUCUUAUUUGAGCAAAUCUCUGCAACUCAAUAUUUCAAGCACAUUCUAUUGGACUGAUUCACAAACCGUCCUCCAUUGGAUACAUUCAGAAGCAAUACGAUUUAAAAUGUUCGUUGCACAACGCCUUGGAGAAAUACAAGAAUUAAGCAACGUUUUUGAGUGGAAGUAUGUUCCGUCAAAGCAGAACGUUGCAGAUGAAGCAACCAAAAGUUAUGGUAAAAUGAAUUUCUCAGCUGAAAGCAGAUGGAUAGAUGGUCCUGACUUUCUAUGGAAAGAUUUUGAAUAUUGGCCGAAAGAAGAUGUUUGCAGAAAAGAUUGUUCAAUCAAGCAAUGUUACGAUCAAGCAGAAUUAGAAAUGAGGAAAGAUUUUGUUUGCGUACAGACUGUGCUUAGUGAAAUCCAAACUCCACAAGUUAAACAUUUUUCAGAAUUGCAAAAAUUACUACGUUCAACCGCAUGGAUGUUCAGAUUCAUGAAUAAUUGCAGAAAAAACAGAAAAGAUGGGGAACUUGAUGUACUGGAAUUGGACAGAGCAAAAAUUCAUUUAUGGAAAAAGGUACAGUUUGAAUCAUACCCUGAAGAAAUAUUAAUUCUCAAAACAAAGGGAAAAUUGACGCCGUCAAAUAAAUUGUACACAUUUGAUUGUUCAUUUGAUGAAACCGUAGGACUGAUAAAAUGUUAUGAAAGAAUUGAUAAUGCAUUUGUGAAUGAAAACACCAAAAGGCCUGUCAUAUUGAAUGCCAAACAUAAAAUCACAAAAUUAAUCAUCAAAUACCACCAUGAACUCGUGAACCAUCAUGGUCAAGAAACAGUUGUCAAUAAUCUACUUCAAGAAUAUUGCCUUCCCAAAAUUCGCCAAGCAGUUCGAAGUUGUUGGGCAAAUUGCCAAAUUUGCUGAAACAAAAGAAGUACUCCAAAAAUACCUCUAAUGGGACAAUUGCCGUUUAUCAAAACCGUAGUGGACUAUUUUGGACCAAUUGAAAUAACAGUCAAAAGAUCACGCGAGAAACGAUAUGGUGUAAUAUUUACUUGCAUGGUUACAAGAGCUGUCCACUUAGAAAUAGUCCAAGAUAUGACCACUAAUGGAUUUAUUCAUGUAUUCAGAAAAUUUGGUUGCAGAAGAGGUUUCCCAGAAGAAAUUUUUAGCGAUAAUGGAACCAACUUCAAAGAAUCAGAAGCGGAUCUGGCAGAAAAUCUUCAGAAUAUGGACCAAGAGGAAAUUCAAAAAUAUUGCACACUGAAAAAUGCUAAAUGGACAUCCAACCCACCGUUAGCAUCGCAUAUGGGUGGCGCAUGGGAACGUUUGAUACAAUCCAUCAAAAACAAAUGAAAGAAAUUUCAAGAGAACGAUAUUCCCAAGAAUAUGUCUUUAGGACAGCCUUCGCAGAAAGAUAUUCCCAAGAAUAUGGCUUUAGGACAGCCUUCGCAGAAAUAGAGAACAUUUUGAACUCCCGACCACUGACGCACAUAUCAACUGAUCCAAAUGAUUCUGAUGAACUGACUCCAAACCAUUUGUUGAUUGGGCCGUUAUAUGCGGCAUUACCUUGUUCAAAGACUGAAGAAACAAAUUCACAUCUCCUGAAGAAAUGGAAGGUAGCUCAGAAGAUUGCCGAUAUAUUCUGGCAACAUUGGUCACAUGAGUAUGUGCCAUCACUAAUUAAAAGAAGCAAAUGACACAAUGAACAAAAUCCUCUCAAAAUAGAUGAUUAUCUAUGAACCUAAUGCACUUUGGAACUGUUGGCUCAAAGGAAAAAUAGUACAUCUUUAUUCAGCAAAGGAUGAAAAAUACGUGUUGCCGUCGUUAUGACAGCCAAGAAAAUAAUUUUCCGCAGACCAAUCUCCAGAUUAUGUGUAUUGCCAGUACACGACCAGAACGAAAAGAUGAGUAAUUGUUGAUGGGACAAUUACUGAAGGCGAGAAUGUUGUUAUUUCUUUUAUUUAGUUGAAAAUCGUUACAUUCUGUAUGAUUUUAUUUGAUGUUUUGUAAAUAUUUGGUAAUAUGUAUAAGUUAGCUGUGAUGUUGUUGAAAAAAAUAGAUGAGAGUUUGACAGAAAGAAAAUUGGAUUUUAAUUUGGUUCUUCGAGACUGGAUAUUUCCAAUAACACCUAAUUUACAGGUAAAGUCAAAACACUACCUGUGUUAACCAAAUUAAAAACAUGAAAACACCACAUGAUUAAUUGAUAUCUGUCAACUUCAUGCAAUACAAGAAAAUAUUGACGAUGAAAGGUAUUUAUUUCUUCAUAGCUCAAAGAACGAAAAGUAAUAGGAUUUUUCACUGUGCAUAAAUUUCAAAUUGUCAUCUUUCAGAUUAGAAUAAAAAUUCAUUAUUCAAUGAAUUUUGUGUUGUC